CUUUUCCACAUUUAUUCAGCAGUGAAAAUGAGACGGAACGCUUCAGUUCUUCUUUGACCUCAUCGGUACCCAUCGUAAACUUAAAUUUACAACCCCCGAAAAUUCGCGGUGCAUGUGUUGAUAAUAAUGGUGGAAUUAUCAUUGCAGAAGAUCUAAUAACUAUAAGUAAUGCGGAAGGUAAAUCAAUGUCACAAAAUAGUGAUCAGCCUUUAUCCAUGUUAGAAUCAUUACCGAGAGUAUCGCAAGAAAGAAACAUUAAUUUACUAAGUAAGGAGAGCAAAAUUAUUGAUCUAGAAGCCAGUGAAUAUCACUUAACCUCACCGACACCAACGAGUCAAUUAGAGAACGAAAGGAAUACUAGACUUAGCAUUACCACAAGUACACCGGCAACUAAAAUGAAUCAACUUGAAUCAGAGUUAGAUGUCAUUAAAGAAGUUAAAAUUGAACUAAUUGAGUCUUCCGUCUACAAAAAUAGUAACACGCUACAAGAGCUUGUUUCCGGUUCGCCAAUCAAUAUAUUUACGAAAGAAAGUGACCCCAAAAAUAAUUCUCAUCUCAUUAACAAAGAAGAAAUAGGAAGCGUUAAUAAGAUAAAUGUAUGCUCGAAAAAAAUUAUUGUCGAAGAAAAAAUUGAUUAUCAUAUUCAGGAAAAUGAGGUUGAACUGUCACCCACUACUGAUGAGUAUCAAGAAGGAAUGCAUUUUAGUAAUAAGGACGUAGUCUUCGACUACGAUAUUAUAGAAACCGAGAGAUAUCUUGGUUGCACAGCACCUGCACCGACACCGGCUCCUUCAUUGGCACCGCUCGCUGUAUUAGAAGUCGAUAUAGCGGAUGAUGAACCCUUAGAUGAGUCUGCAGCUGCCAAAGCUCUAACUCCUGUAUUAAACAACGAUGAAGUUUGCCGACGGCGUAAAAAACGGAAUUCUGCAACUAAGACGUUAAGCUCAUUUGACGAACGAGAUAAACUAACUGAAAAGCCUGACUUCCCUGCGCCAACAUAUACUGAUGAGGCCGAACAUAACGCAGUAUGUCCCUGGGAAGAUGAAAAUGUUAACACCAGCGACGGAACAUUUGUCAAGACAUAUGCAACAUUGGGAUAUUUAUGAAUA